AGAACUUGGGUUCAGUCAGAUCUCAAUCGCAUUAGAUGCGAUUCCUUCUUUUUUGAACGCGAUAAGAUUCAAAUCGCGUCAAGAGAUUAAAGAAGCCAGAGGGCUUUGCUGCUGCGUAUGGUCCAGUGAUAUGUCACUGGCCAGCCUAACUGUACGGAAAUAUAUUAAUAUGUCCUGCCUAUUGCUGUGAGGGUCAAGGAAUCUCAUUCUGCUCUUAAGAAAUCAAAGUGUAUCUCCUUUAGAGAUCAUCACUACUACAGGCUCCUGCUCUCAUUCGUUUGUUUCCUUCUCUCAUAUCUUGUGGUGGCUAAAGGAACGGGUCAUUCUCAAAAAAUCUCAACUUUGGAGGGAUAUAUUCCUUCCAACUGGCUUAACCCCACCAUUGCUUUUCCUCCUACAUAUAAGGAGCUCUUCCUUCCUCUGAACCGAACCAAAACCAAACCGUCCCUUUUCUUCAAAUCACCGUACACCUCUCUUUUUCACUUCAAUAAUUAUUGAAACCGAUCCCUCGGCUCCUAAUUUCUACCAGCCAAAAACAAAAGAAAAGUUGGGAACUUUACUCUUCUCACCAAUGGCUUCCACCUCUAUCACCUCUUCCCGCAGCUCUAGCUCGUCAUGGACCCCCAAGCAAAACAAACUGUUUGAAAGGGCUCUAGCUAUAUACGACAAGGACACUCCCGACCGUUGGCAGAACGUUGCCAAUGCAGUGGGCGGAAAAUCGGCUGAAGAGGUAAAGCGCCACUACGAGCUUCUCAUUAGGGAUGUCAAUGACAUUGAGUCAGGACGCUAUCCUCAUCCCAACUACCGUAAAAGCGGAAACAGCAACUGAAGGUUCCUCUGUAACUAGUAUGCUUUCUCCAGAACCAAACACAAGGAACAUCUAAGAACAAGAUAUUCCACUGUAUUGCCUAUGUAUCUCUUUGUUUCUGUGUGGCUUCCCACUAUGUAAGAAUCCCGCAUUUUCGUGCUAAGCUAAUGAUGUGAGUACUGAUAAUUGAGAAA